CUUGCGAUUACAAAGUAAUAAAAUGGAAUUUAGAUAAAAUAAUUGCUAUUUGCAUAAUCUGAAACCAUAAAGAAAAUAUAGACAAAUGAUAAGAUUGCUUGCGAGUCUAUGGAAAGUAGCUUUAAUUUUACCAACAAGACACAGAAUGCGUCUAAAUUCCAUGAAAUACGUCCAGGAAGUCAAUUGUGAAGUACACUGUUUUUAGAAUUGGAAGUUGUCCUAAUUUACCUGUAACAACUGGUUGGGCUUGGCUAGUUUUGGAGGCGGUAUAUCGAUGUGACAUUUUAUUGUGAAUUAAAUUGGAUAAAUUCACAAAUAUAAGUGAUGGCUGGAAAAGGAGCAACAGCAUCAUCAUCAAGCCAUCUACUGGUAGCAGCGUUUGACUUUGGUACAACAUACAGUGGAUAUGCAUUCUCUUUUCGAGAUGACCCCAUGAAAAUACAAACAAAUCAGGGUUGGAACGCCGGGAGUGAGAAAUUAAUCUCGUUGAAAACUCCUACCUGUGUACUCUUGAGGCCAAACAAGCAAUUCGAUUCCUUCGGGUUUGAGGCAGAAAACAGAUAUGCUGAUCUCGCCGAGGACAACAAACACCAUGGAUGGAUGUUGUUCAAAAGGUUUAAGAUGUUGCUUCAUAACAAUGACGGGUUGACUAGAGCAUCAACAGUUGAAGACAUCAAUGGAAAGUCCAUGCCGGCGAUGCAGAUAUUUUCUAUGGCAAUUGGAUUUCUUCGCGAUCAUUUGCUUAAAGCCUUGAACACCCAGACAGCUGGUGUAAACGAACAUGAUCUGCAAUACGUGAUUACUGUACCAGCUAUUUGGAAUGACAAUGCCAAACAGUUCAUGAGGGAGGCAGCAACUGAGGCAGGACUUGAUUCAUCUCGAUUAAAGCUUUCCCUAGAACCUGAAGCAGCCUCGAUUUGGUGUCAGACUGUAGCAACGGAUUUGAAGAAAUCAUUUGAUGUCGGAUGCCAAUAUAUGGUCGUGGACCUUGGAGGUGGGACAGCGGACAUAUCAGUUCAUGAAAAGAAAGCUGACGGCUCUCUCAAAGAAAUUCACAAAGCAAGCGGGGGACCGUGGGGUGGUACCGCCGUUGACAAGAAUUAUUUUCACUGGUUGACAAAUCUUUUUGGACAAAGGACAAUGGAAAGGUUCAAACGAGAACAGAUGGCCGACUAUUUUGAUGUACAAAGAGAAUUUGAGAUAAAAAAGCGGAACAUAAUGACCGAUACCACAGGAAAAAUUACAUUCAGAUUGUCUGCUUCACUUAGAGAAAUAUAUGAAGAGGUAGAAGGAGCAAAUCUGAAAAGGAAAGUUGCUGACAUGGGUCUCGCUGACAAGGUUACCUUUACCAGCGACAAACUGAGGCUAGAUGUUUCGAUCGUAAGGGGCUGGUUCAAAGGACCGAUCAAUGAAAUAAUAGUGCAUAUGAAGAACCUUCUGGCAGAAGAGAAGAUGAAGAACGUAAAGAAAAUAUUACUUGUAGGCGGAUUUGGAGAAUGCCAGCUUGUACAGGAGAAUCUACGCAAUCAACUCCAAAAUAAAACCGUCAUUGUCCCGAAUGAGGCCGGCUUGGCAGUCCUGAAAGGCGCUGUAAGAUUCGGACAUUUGCCUACAAUCGUCUCAUCUCGAGUUAUGAAAUAUACCUAUGGUGUGGCUGUUGUUCAUGUCAAUGAUAAUGAGUCAAAAUCUGGUUCUGAUACAGAAUACAAUCAUGCAGGUGACGACGACUGCUAUGCUGUUCACGGGUCUGUUUCUGAUGAUGACGAUCAGCACCAUUUGUAUGUAGAGUAUCAAGGCGAUGACAUAUUUAAUUCAGGUGAAGAGACAGAUGACGAAAACUCUUCCGUUGAUGAUUAUUCUGAUGAUAAUGAUGAGCACAGUUCAAGGGUAGAAUACCCUGACGAUGAAAAAUCUAAUUCAGAUGAAGAAUCCGAUGACGACAAAUCUGUUGUUGAGGAUGUGUUCGAUAAAUUUGUUGAGGUUGGGGAAGAAAUUCCUAUAGGACAUGAAGUUAAGAGAGAUUACACUCCUACAAAUCCAGAGUGCGCAGAUAUACUUGUAUACUGCACCUCAGAUCCUGACCCGGCGUUAGUUACCGAUCCUGGCUGCGAAGAGCUCGGCGUACUUUCGAUAGAAUUUCCAGAUGGUGAAACAUGCGAAGAUAACAAGAUUGAAACGACUUUAAUAUUUGGAGAUACUGAAUUGAUUGUAAAAGCGAAAAUCUUAAGGACGGGACUUGAAUUUUUUACAAGAAUUGACUGUCUGAAGUGAACAUUAAUGCACAUUGCGUAUGCAGUCAUACACUGAUUAUGUACUAGUAACCAGAUUUCUUUUCAUUGGUUUAGAUUAGAAUCACUUCAACACUUAAAGCGACUAGCCCACACAUUGUGAUUUGUAAUUUUUAAAAUAAUUUAUCACCGAAAGGCAAAAUGCCGCCACUGUUUCAUAUACUUACAUGAAACAUAAUGGUUGAUAGUUUAUAGUUUCCAAAAUUACAGGCAUUCGAUCUUUUGUAGUUUUCACAUGAACUUUUAUAAACCGUUACAACGCUUUAAUUUGUAAACAUUGAUAAAUAUAGAACGAGACGCGACAGUAUUUUUAGACGUUAUCAUCACGUGGUCAGCAAACCAGACGUUCGCAUGUAGUUUGAUGGUUUAAUUUAUAUACUCGUCUACCGAUUAGGGAAGUCAGCAUGAUUUACUUUGCCUUAUUUAGAUAAGAACCACUAUCGUACUGAAUAACACUACCUAAAUAACGGACCGUUCCAUUAUUAAAAGUACACAAACAUCGCUCACCUCAAAACCGAACUAUAGGUAGCGCACAGUAUUAUGGCGUUUAGAAGUGAAAACAAAACAAUAACAUAAAAUCAAGUCAAUACACUAAGUUUACGAUUUAGUCAGUGAUUCUUCGUUGGCCGAGCGGUUACGGUAUUCGUAUUAUACCUUUUCGUCGGGAGUUCGAUCUCCAUUUUUUUCAGUUUGCAUUACAUACUUUGUGUAAGUUUGUUUUUCUCUGGUUUCUAAUUUAUUGUUUUGUUUCUUAUUUUCGUAUAAAAUUGGUAGUAUCUAUAAAUCAAUCAAUCCUAAAAUUAUGGCCGGGCAAUGCUUUUAUUAAAGUGAAGUGUAAGAUUGUUAUAAAACUUAUAAAACUAACUCGUACAGGUUUAAAAAUAUCACAGGAAAGCUUAAAAACAUUAGAUCAUAUUAAAGGUGGAGUGUAUUUAGACAUAAUUACGUUCCAAUUGUGACAUAUAAUUUUAGUGAACAUGUUAGAUCUAGAUUUACUAACUCGUUUUGUCUUCAUUGAAUUAUAUUGAAAAAAAAAUUAAAGACAAUUUAACGGGUCUGGGAAUCGAACUCACGACGAAAAAGUAUAAUACGAAUACCGUAACCGCUCUAGGCCAACGAGAAAUCACUGACUGCAUCGUAAACGUACUAAGUGUACUGACUUCAUUUUAUGUUAUUGUUUUGUUUGUUUUCGUUUCAAAACGUCACAAUAUUGUGCGAUACCUAUACGUCUGCGCUCUAUUGAUAAUCACGUGAUGUUUGCUGACGGGAAUUCCGUUUUUUUAUAAACCGGGAAACCCUUAUCAGAAAUUGUAGACGAAUGUUUUUAUCUUAAAUUUAUUAGGAAAACAACGAUUUUCAACAGAAUUUGAUGAAAAAUACAUUGUUAGAACAUUGAAUAUGCAGCAUUGAAUAUAGAAAAAGUUUGAUUUUUUAAAAUCUGACACCACGAUGUGUGGGUUAGUCGCUUUAAGGCAGAUACUUCAAAUAGACAAAAACUCUUAAUUUAAAAUACAAAUCUUGUGAAUUCCCUUUCCUUGUUCUUUAAAUCUAAUAAUAUAUUUCCUGUUCUGGUCUCCUUUCAGUCCUUCGAUGUUAAUUAUUGGUAAUGGAUAGAAAAUCAUAUCAGUUAUACGUGUAGUUUCAUUUGAAAUAUGUAAAAAAUAAUGAAAAAUAUCAUUGAUUAGACAGAAGAUAUUAUGCAAAAAUUUGAUACUUCAAAAUAUAAACAAUUAAUAUAAAGUGUCUAAGUAAACAUAAAAUAAAACACACUUGUAUGUAAACAGUACUGUGUAUUUUGCUUAAUUAAUAUAAAUAAAUAAAUGUAUAAGUAAAUAGAGAA